ACACAAUGGACACACUCACUGAGAAGGAGAUUCAACCCGUCACCGAGCCCCAAGAUGACCAAAUCAAAGAACUCCAAUCCGUCACCCUCGACCCAGAAAAGGAGAAGAAGCUCCUCCUCAAGCUCGACCUAGCCUUUGUCCCGAUAAUCAUGCUUACGUACCUAUCAUGCUUCCUCGACCGCAGCAGUAUCGGGAAUGUGCAGGUAGCAGGGAUGCCUGAGGACAUCGGUGCGUCGCCUAGUCAGUUUUCGACGGCGGUGUCGAUUUUCUACGUGACCUAUGUGCUGCUGGAGUCUGUGUGGGCGGUGCUGAUGAAGAGGUUGACGCCGAGGAAUAUUCUCACAGGGCUCUGUAUUGUGUGGUCAAUUUGUACGAUCUUCACGGGGUUUAUUCAGAAUGUGGCAUCGUUGUAUGCUAUGCGGUUGAUUUUGGGCGCUUGUGAGGCGGGGUUGUUUCCGUGUUUGAAUUUGUAUCUGACGAUGGUUUAUCGGAGGGAGGAGCAAGCUAAGCGGGUGUCGUAUCUGAUGAGCUGUGCGGCUAUUUCUGGUGCCGUUGGGGGGUUAUUGGCGUAUGGGCUGUUGCAGAUGGAUGGCAUUGGAGGGAAAGCCGGAUGGAGAUGGGUCUACAUAAUUGAAGGCCUCUUCAGUGCUCUCUGCGCAAUCCUGAUCUGGUUCGGCCUUCCCAACGACCCAGCAAACGCCUAUUUCCUCAACGACGAAGACAAAUGGAUGAUGCGCGUCCGCAACGAGCAACGCCGGCACUACAUGGGCAGUGAAGAGUUCAGCUGGGCAGAGAUGCGCAUCGCCCUAUGCGAUCCGAAGCUCAUGUUCAGCAGCGUCACGCAGUUCUGUCAGGAUAUUCUGUUGUAUGGGUUCAGCACGUUCCUGCCGGGCAUUCUGCAGAGUAUUGGUUAUGAUUCGCUCAUGAGUAAUGUGUUGACGGUGCCGGUUUAUAUUUGGGCUGCGAUUGUGUUCAUUGUGAUUGCGGUUUUGGCGGAUCGGUUCUCGGUUUUUGCUUGGUUCAUCCUUGGCUCAAACAUCUUCGGUAUCGCCGGCUACAUCCUCCUUCUAGCCGUUUCCAACGACGCAGUUCGAUACUUCGCAACAUUCCUCUGCGGCAUAGCCACAUACACCAGCGUUGGCCUAAACAUUGCUUGGCUAAAUGUCAACGUCGCACCGCACUACCGCCGAGCACUAGCCAUCGGCAUCCAACAAACAGUGGGAAAUUGCGCCGGCAUCGUCGCCGGACAGAUCUAUCGCAGUUCACCCUAUGUUCUUGGGAAUUCCUUUUCGCUGGGUUCGUUGAUUGUAGCGCAGGGCGUGGUUUCCGCGCAUGCGUUGUAUGUCCGGGCGAAGAAUAAGGAAAAGAGUGAGAUUGAGCAGGGCAAGGAGGAUACCAGGCGUGUCGUGACAGGUGAUGGGGAGUUGGAGUUCCGGUAUCAUUAUUGAUUUAUGUCCAUGUGUUAUGAAAUAUUUACUCGAUGUUUUGAAAGAUAAGAUUGCAUAUACUUAGUCAUGUGAUGCGCAA